GUGACAUGCACAGAGAAGCAUUAGGAAAAUACGACGGUGACGACUCACGACACGAGCAUCAAAACAAUCUCUACCCUCCCCGUGAUGAGAGAACACAGAACAGUCUGUACCCGCUUGAGCUCGGGCCAAGAGCGCCGAUACACGAUACGGCAGCCGAGCACACUCUUCCCCUUCCUGACCUCCACUUCCUAGCUCGGCCCCGGCUCCGCAUCUAUCUAUCUCUCGCCCUGCCGUCUCCGGAGACCGGAGCUGCUCUCACAUCCCCACGCGCGCGCCCUCGACCCCGACCACGUCCCCCGCCCGCUCGGCGCUCGCACAGAUUCCCUCGUCCGGGGAGCGGCGCUGAGGUCUCGCACCGAUGAGCUCGGGGGCCAUCGGGGCCUCGGAUCCUGGGGGUGGCGAGACGAAGCCGGUGGCGGGCGGUGACGUCACGACGUCGGAAGCUGCGGGCGAGGUGCCUGCUUUCGCCGCCGAUGUGAAAGUGGAGGGGAAAGCUACGUUGGCGACGGAUGUGGAUCGUGAAGGGGGAGAUACGGCGGUGAGCGACCCGCUCUACGCGAACGAGUCAGCUGGUAUGGUUGGUGCCGAAGGCCACGGAGAUGAGCCCGCGGAGGGCCUGGAGGCGGUGAAUGGUGAGGAGGAGAUGCUAGAAGCAGGAGCUCGUGAUCUGCUCACUGAGACGGAGAAGAAUCCGGUUCUUGUGGUACAUGUGCCUGCUGCUGCUGCUGGUGGUGGUUCUGCCAUUCCUGAACAUGCUGAAGCCGAAUCUAACAAAGUUGAAGAUCAUGUAAACGUGGAGCCUGGGACAAAGAAUAAUGAAAGUGAUAAUGGCAUAGCUCAUUUUGAUAAGGAAAUACAGAACAAUGUGCCUGAUGACAUAGAGGAAAGCUCCAAGGAACAUGAAGGUGAUGGAGCACCUGUAGUUGACCAGACAAAUAAUGCAUCUGAAAUGCUCCCACAAACCGGAGAGCAGUUUCCUGAUGUUGAAAAUAGCACGGACAGCAACCUAGAGGCUGCUAGUCUGGGUAGUGUGGAUCAGGGUGCUAGAUACUGCCUGCCUCCUCAUGAUAAAGGCGGGUUUCAAGUUGCUGAUCUUGUCUGGGGUAAAGUGAAAAGUCAUCCUUGGUGGCCUGGUGAAAUUUUUGAUCCAUCAGAUGCAUCUGAAUUGGCUCUGAAACAUCAGAAAAAGGGCAGCCACUUGGUAGCUUAUUUUGGUGACAACACUUUUGCGUGGUGCGAUGAAUCCCAGUUGAAGCCUUUUGUGACAAAUUAUUCACAAAUGGAGAAACAGAGCAGUUCAGAUGCCUUUGUUGGGUCAGUUAAUAAUGCACUUGAAGAACUGUCAAGGCGGAUACUGUCAGGUAUGAGCUGCUCUUGUUUGCCAGAAGAGCUUGCUGAUAAUGGCAUGUCCUAUACAGUUGAUAAUGCUGGGCUCAAGGAUGGAGUUACUUGCUCUGCAGUUAAUCGGCCUGAAAUCUUAAACUGUUUCAGUCCAGAAAACCUUCUUCAUUAUAUUAAGGAGUUAGCUCUAUUUCCUGGCCAAGGAGGUGAUCUGUUGGAGUUAGUUAUAGCAUGUUCUCAACUUACUUCUUUCUAUCGAUCUAAGGGAUGUCCUGAACUUGCAUCAUUUCAAACUGGCGAUGCGUGGGUUGAGGAUGGUCUGGAUUGUACAGACACUUUGUCCACCCAGAAUGUAAUGGUUGAGGAACCUGUGAUUAAUGAAGUGCAUCCUACUCAAGAUAAGCCCAAAAGGGGCAGGGGGAGACCUCGGAAACAAAAACCUGGUGGUGACCAGGUGGUGAUGGAGAAAAGGAGCAUAUCUAAUCAGGUCAAUGAUACUAGCUACAAUGAGAAACAAGUGGGUAUGGACUUUGAUAACUAUGGCAACCUACAGAACAAGAACAAAAGAAACUUUGAAUCAUUUGAAGAUUCAGAGAAGUCAUCAGCUCCAACUGGUGGUAGUUCUUUCAAGAUUGGUGAGUGUAUUCGGCGAGCUGCAAGCCAGCUGACAGGAUCUCCGUCCAUUAUGAAGGCUCAGAAUGCUGCUGAAGGAGAGAAUGGGGAAUUUGAUAUCUUUAGUGAUGAUGCUGGUGAUGAACUUACUGUAGAGAAACGAGCAAAAAGGAGAAGUCUGCACAGGAAUCACACUGCAGAUCCCAAGGAAUUACUAUCACAGCUAUGCUUGGUUGCAACAGAGCCAAUGAAUGGAUAUAAUUUCUCAGUAAUGAUAAUCAGUUACUUCAGUGAUUACAGAAACUAUAUUGUUUCUACUACUACUGAAGCAAACAUCGUUGAUAAAGGUACAUCUAGGAGAGGGAGGAAGAGAAAAGAAGUUUUACCUUCUCCUGAUGUAGAGACAACAGAUCAUAUGCAGGACUCGUAUUGGUCCGGAUUGAGCUUGCAUAAUCACCCAAUCCAUGACCUCAGAAAAGAGAGUCCCACUACAAGGCCAAGACGUAGGCGGAGAUCCUCAAGUCAUGCAUAUGUACCUUUGUCAGAACUUGGGGAGCCAGUACCUAAAAAACAGAUACAAGUGAUGGAAAGAUCUAUCAUCCAUGUUGACGAGAAGAUGAUUGAUGAGUUGAAGCCCACUGCACUUGUUUUGAGCUUUGCCAGGUCAGCUUCUAUUCCUUCAGAAUUGGAUCUUGUUAAGAUGUUCAGUCGCUUUGGUCCACUGAAAGAAAGGGAGGCAGAAGUACACAGGGAAACAAAUACUGUUAAAGUUGUCUUCAAGAAACGUGCCGAUGCUGAAAGGGCUUUUAGCGCUGCUGGCAAGUAUGGCACUUUUGGACCUUCGCUUCGAAGUUACCGUCUUGUCAGUAUGCCAUUUUCUCUAGAGACACAGUCAGCAAACAAUCCUGUGAAACAUCCUGAAAAUCAUGGCAUGGAGAUUCCAGGUUCAAAUCAGUCCGAAGCUCCUAAGGAUUCCAUGGAAGUUGACCUGGUACAGAAAACAGAUGAAGUAGAAGUUGCAGGAGAACCGUCGUCUGAAGAAGUUGAGACUGUGAGGCAAAUAUCUCAAGUGCAAGCUGCAGACAGUACAUUUGUCAGUCAAGACAGGUUUGAUGAAGCUGGAAAUAUUGACGCUGAGCUAAUUGACCAUGUUAAUCAAAUUGGGAAAGCUGCACAAGCUGCAUCUGUAUCUGAAGAGUCACGAGAUGUUGAGCAAGUUUACACUCAAAAGGAAGUGUCAGCCAAUGAUCUACCCACAGAGACAGAAAUCUUAAAUUCUGAUGCUAUAACAAAAGAGUUGCCUCAGAAUGCUCCAGAUAAUGUGGAAACUGAUAUAGUCGAAGAUCCAAAACAGAGUCACAAUUCAAGAGAUAAUGCCGUAUUUGAAGCAGUCAUUGAAGCACCGAGUACUGCACAAGAUCAUACAGAGGAGGAUACUGGGAAUGCAGUUCCAGAAGAGCCCAUGGUAUCUCCUGAGUUACAAAGUCAAACCCCUGGUGAUCUACCCACAGAGACAGAAACCUUACAUUCUGAUGCUAUAUUAAAAAAGUUGCCUCAGAAUGCUCCAGAUAAUAUGCAAACUGAUAUAGCCGAGGAUCCAAAACAGAGUCACAAUUCAGGAGAUAAUGCCGUAUUUGAAGCAGUCACUGAAGCACCGAGUACUGCACAAGAUCAUACUGAGGAUGAUACUGGGAAUGAAGUUCCAGAAGAGCACAUGGUAUCUCUUGAGUUACAAAGUCAAACCCCUGGUGAUCUACCCACAGAGACAGAAACCUUACAUUCUGAUGCUAUAGUAAAAGAGUUGCCUCAUAAUGCUCCAGAUAAUAUGCAAACUGAUAUAGCCGAAGAUCCAAAACAGAGUCACAAUCCAGGAGGUAAUGCCGUAUUUGAUGCAGUCACUGAAGCAAGAAGUACUACACAAGAUCAUACUGAGGAUGAUACUGGGAAUGAAGUUCCAGAAGAGGACAUGGUAUCUCUUGAGUUACAAAGUCAAACCCCUGGUGAUCUACCCACAGAGACAGAAACCUUAUAUUCUGAUGCUAUAGUAAAAGAGUUGCCUCAUAAUGCUCCAGAUAAUCUGCAAACUGAUAUAGCCAGAGAUCCAAAACAGAGUCACAAUCUAGGAGAUAAUGCUGUAUUUGAAGCAGUCACUGAAGCACCAAGUACUGCACAAGAUCAUACUGAGGAUGAUACUGGGAAUGAAGUUCCAGAAGAGCACAUGGUAUCUCCUGAGUUACAAAGUCAAACCCCUGGUGAUCUACCCACAGAGACAGAAACCUUACAUUCUGAUGCUAUGAUAAAAGAGUUGCCUCAGAAUGCUCCAAAUAGUAUGCAAACUGACAUAGCUGAAGAUCCAAAACAGAGUCACAAUCCAGGAGAUAAUGCCGUAUUUGAAGCAGUCACUGAAGCACCAAGUACUGCACAAGAUCAUACUGAGGAUGAUACUGGUAAUAAAGUUCCAGAAGAGCACAUGGUAUCUCUUGAGUUACAAAGUCAAACCCCUGGUGAUCCACCCACAGAGACAGAAACCUUACAUUCUGAUGCUAUAGUAAAAGAGUUGCCUCAUAAUGCUCCAGAUAAUAUGCAAACUGAUAUAGCGGAAGAUCCAAAACAGAGUCACAAUCCAGGAGAUGCUGUAUUUGAAGCAGUCACUGAAGCACCAAGUACUGCACAAGAUCAUACUGAGGAUGAUACUGGGAAUGAAGUUCCAGAAGAGCACAUGGUAUCUCCUGAGUUACAAAGUCAAACCCCUGGUGAUCUACCCACAGAGACAGAAACCUUACAUUCUGAUGCUAUAAUGAAAGAGUUGCCUCAGAUUGCUCCAGAUAAUAUGCAAGUUGAUAUAGCUGAACAUCCAAAUCAGAGUCACAAUUCAGGAGAUAAUGCCGUAUUUGAAGCAGUCGCUGAAGCACCAAGUACUGCACACGAUCAUACUGAGGAUGAUACUGGGAAUGAAGUUCCAGAAGAGGACAUGGUAUCUUCUGAGUUACAAGGUCAAACCCCUGGUGAGAAACUAGUGGGGCAAUCUGCAACUGAACAGAUGGUGGGAUCUGAAGAUCCAAAGCCGCAAGCCGAAAAUUUUGUUGCUGAACCUGUUGUGCUGGGUGCAGUCGGGCAAGUAGAAAUUGAACUGGAAUCCAAAACUACUGUUGAAGUGUCAGGCGAACAAGGCUAUAGUAUUGAGCAGACUGUUCAAGUGGAAGCUCUAAUUGAAGCGUCAGGUGGACAACUUGAGGUGGGAAGGCAAAUUCCAGAAGAUGAAUCUAUUGCUUGUGCAACUACUGAGCACUCUAUGGUUGUCGAUGAAACUGUGGAGGCAAAAGUGGUACUACUCGAUGAGAGUAUAGAGAAUAAUGCUGCUGUCAUAGGAGUAGUCGAGGAGACUGCUGAAGGUGAAACUAAGGAGGAAGCAUCAGACGAGAAGGGAAAAAUAGAAAAUAAUGAAGAUGCUGACAAAUUAGCACCAGCCGGGAAGGGGAAAAUAGAAAAUAAUGAAAUUAUAAUUGACGCACCAGAUGAGAAAACAGAAAAUAAAGCAGAUGCUGACACACCAGCUGGGGAGACCAAAGAAGGUGAAAUUACAGUAGAGGAAACAGAUGAGAAAAUAGAAUCUAAAGUUACUGCUGAACCUGUAAUCGGGGAGACAACUGAAGGUCAAACUGCAGCUGGAGAACCAGUUGAAGAAGCUAGAACAGCUGAGGACAUGGUAGAAGAUGUUAAGGUGCUAGAUGAUAAAUCUACAGCAGCUGAGAAACCUGUAGAGAAUGCCACAGUUGUGGCACAUGAGAAUUCGACUACAGUUGAGAAUACUCUGAAGGAUGCGAUUGUCGCGCCACCAGAUGCAAAUACCACCAACGCCGAAAAAACUGCUAUUGGUGCCACAAUUGAAACACAAAAUGAGGACGCUCCAGCGGAGAGGACUAUAGAGGAUACCUCGGUUGAGGCACCAGAUGUACAAGCAGGUGCAAGUGAGUAAACCAGCUUAGCGAUCCUUUGCAUUCCUGUCAGUUUCUGUUGAUAUCGACGUAGUUUGCUCAACUGAUUCUCUUGUCUAGAUGAUGUGUUCUGUAUAGAAAACCUGGAACCACUUUAGCAUCAUAAGGCUGUUAGGUUUUAAAUAACUUGGGCAUCUAUAUUUUGCCCCUUAUUUUUCCUAUAUAAACUUCAUCUAGUUGUAUUCGAUGCGCACGUGUGAGUUUGUCAUAAACACAAUUUUCUCCUAUAUGUCAGUUCAGUGCUCAGGCGAUCAGUGACUGAGUGGAAGUCUUUGGGCUAUCUACUUGGAUCAAAUGAUUCUGGUACCAUUUGUCGUCUGUAA